AUGACUAGCAACACCUAUGGCAGUAGCUACGCCACCGACCCCUACGGUACCAAUACCUACGGCACCAACACUUACGGCACCACCGGUCGCUACGGCACAACCACCGCCGCUGGUGACUACGGGGGCACCAGCUACAGCACGUACGGCGACACCACCGGCGGCGGCGCAAACCGCACUACUUACGACCCAACCACUGGCGCCUAUGACCAGCACAUCGAUUAUGAUGCGGAUGCCAGCACCCGCCGCCAUCACCGCGAGCAGAUGGACGAGUCUGGACGAUACUAUCAUCGCGAUGUAGAUCGGGAUACGUCUGGAUUGGAUAAUACAACUCGCGUGCAUAAGGAGUACUCCAAUCCUAAUACCGGGACGAGUUAUUCGAGGGAUUCGGCCUAUGAUCGGAAUAAUUUGGUUUGA